CUCCUCUCCACACGCAUGCGCGAGCUGCACCGGAUGUAGCCGUCUAAAGCACGCUUUACGAGAAAGUGCUAACAGGAGUUCUCAAAAUCUGCCGAAAAUGUCUGAAGCAAAGAAAAAGGCCACGUCUGUACUUGAUCAACUCAAAAAUGUGACUACGGUCGUUGCUGAUACUGGGGAUUUUGAAGCAAUGAAAAAGUACAAGCCUACAGAUGCAACAACAAACCCAUCUCUCAUUUUUGCUGCAUCCAGCAUGCCAGCUUACCAAAGUCUUAUUGAUGAUGCUGUGCAGUGGGCCCAAGAACAGGGAGGUACUGAUGAAGAACAGUUAACCAGUGCCAUGGAUAAAGUCUGCAUCAACUUUGGCAAGAAAAUCCUCGACAUCAUUCCUGGAAGAGUGUCCACAGAAGUUGAUGCACGAUUGUCAUUUGACAAGGAAGGAAUGAUUGAGAAGGCUAAAAAGCUCAUUGAGCUGUACAAGGCUGAGGGAAUCAAAAAGGAUCGCAUUCUCAUCAAGCUGUCGUCAACAUGGGAGGGCAUCCAAGCAGCCAGAGAGCUUGAGUCCAAGUAUGGUAUUCACUGCAACAUGACACUGCUCUUCAAUUUUUAUCAGGCAGUGGCAUGUGCAGAUGCAGGCGUGACUCUCAUCUCACCAUUUGUGGGUCGCAUUCUUGAUUGGCACGUCAAGAACACUGAUAAGAAGUCCUUCGAGCCAUUAGAAGAUCCAGGUGUUCGCAGUGUGACCCAGAUCUAUAACUACUACAAAAAGUUUAAUUACAAAACUGUAGUUAUGGGUGCUUCAUUCCGGAACACCGGACAGAUUACAGGCCUUGCUGGGUGUGACUUACUGACCAUUUCACCCGCUCUUUUGGAGCAACUUUCCCAGUCUACAGAUUCUCUGGAAGUACAGCUAGACAAGAAGAGAGCUCUAGAAAGUGAUCUGGAAAAAGUGGAGGUGGAUGAAAAAAUAUUCCGCUGGCAGAUGAAUGAGGAUGAAAUGGCAAAUGAUAAACUCUCAGAUGGAAUCCGAAAAUUUGCUGCAGAUGCCAUCAAGCUAGAGAAUGUUUUGCGUCAGAAGCUGGCUUAGUGAUGCAAACAAGAAAAACAAAAUUAACGUUCAGUGGCUUGGUUUAUUUUUUUAUUGCUGUUCCUAAAAAGAGAGUUAAAAAUGAAUUACACGGUUUCUUCUCACCUCUGUGCUAGUCUUUAAGUAAAUGUGCUUUUGAUCACGUUUUUAAGAUUUGUCAGCUUAGGCUGGAGAUUUCUGAGACUGUGUAAAUGAGAGUUGGAAGGGUAUUUUUUCAGGUUAAAGAUGUAGAUACAUUGUGCUAAAAGCUAUUAUUUACAACAAUUUUAUUCUUAUAAACUAUUUGCAUUUAUUAAUGGCUUGCUUAAUUUUUUCUUCAAUACAGAAUGGUUGAUUUAUUUAAUGAAUUAAAGGAUCUAACAGAUGGUG